AUCUGAAGAGACCACAAACCAAAAUUAAUUAUUAAAAUGUGAGGUUAUAAUACACAGCAGACCUUUCACGUGUUUGAGGUUAUGUGCACAAUUAUAUAAAAAAACAACAAGCUUUAAACUAGAAAAAUAAUUAAAAAAGUAAAAGUAUGGCUAGUAGCAGGCUAGAAAGAAUCGGAACUAUAUUUACUCGGACACAAGGUUUAAUCCAGUCCAAGGCUCUAAACUGGGAGGACAGGCCCUUGUGGUACGAUGUGUACGCCGCUUUUCCCCCCAAGGAAACGCCCCAAUACGACAGGCCAGUCCCCAAUAUAAAACUGAAAAAUAUAUUUUACCCAGAGGAUAGAAUAAGAGCUAUAUUUCAUCGCAACAACAAACGUAUCGGAGCCACUCAUUUGGCAGGAGGAGGCAAAUCUUUAACACAAAAGUUUAUAGAUGUAUACAGUAAACUGUCGGUGCAGUACGACGGUACGGCCACAGAAGAACAAAUUUAUAAAGAAGCCAUUGAAGUACUGAAUAGAGAACGAGGUGGUGCUAAAGAGGCUCAGCCUCAGCAAGAGCCCGAUGAUGUGGAAUCUGUGAGUUUAAGCAUGGCAUUCAAGGAGGCUCAAAGGAAGCAGCAAGACCAAGGAAUAAGCGUUAGAGAUAUUUUUAAAGACUAAUUUGUGUAGUAGUGAUUUGUAUAGAGUUAAUAUAGAAAUUUAUUAGA